UUGCCAUUGGCAUCGCUCAGUUUCGUAUUCGUGUCGGAACGUGGCGCUACACCGUGCUCAAGGAUACGCGUCCAGCUAGUACCCAAAACGUUAGUAAAUCGCAAAAAGGGCACAAUCGACUUGAACCAAAUCCACCAAAUCUCUGUUAGUGUGUGCCCCAGUGUGUCCGUGUGUGUUAUUACAUUUUAUUGGCGUGUGCAGCAAAUACAAAAAUACCAAAAAAAAAAAAAAAAAAAAAAAUACAAUAAAUGCAAAAAUUAAUUAUUUAUUUUACAAUUUCGCAUAUGCAUAAACCGGGCCGUAUCGUUGCAUUUAAAUGCUGAUUGAAAUGUUAAACACAGAUUAAAUAUUGAUGCAACCGGGCGAAAUAUUUGCUGUUAUUGCUGCUUGUUGCAUUCCAAUUUGUAAUCUUUGAGGCCCGUGUUCACGCGACGCGACGCAACGCGACGCGAGGCGUGGCAGCUACCCCAGGCCUUGGCCCGUCCCGGCUCAGCGUUUAAAUGAGCAGCCAGUGUGCUUGCUUCAGUCGUGUGCGUGUGUAUGACUUUAUUAAAAAUUGUUAAUUCACAAAAAGUAUAACGUGCGCGUGUUCAGCUCGAAAGUAUUUUACACGUUGUUUGUGGACAUUUUUUGUUGUCGAUUUUCACAUAAAUAUCACAUGCGUCGCUCAAGCUCAGCCGCGACUCACGACACGCGCUCGUUAAUUGUGUUUCCAUCUUUACAUUGAAAAUAUUCCGAAUGCACGGUAUUUGUUAAAUCCUAGCUUAACGCACAUGUCCCAUUUUUCAACGGCAAAAUUAAUAACAAGCAUACGACGCGUUGGCCCAGCCCCCGGUAAUUGUCAUUGUUUAACGUGCGGCUUGACUUGCAUUUAAAUCACUUCUUAAUGAAGUGCACAACAUCUGCUGGCAGGAUUACUUGCGAACUGUGAAUGCAACUGAACAAUGCAACACCUCAAUACGCUGCUGCGGCAACAACUCCAAAAGCACAAAACUUGUGCUCAGGGCACAAAAAAAAAGUGUACAUGAAACAACUUAAUUAGUUGUUGUCGAGCAAAAAGCCGUGUACAUUGCAGCCAGCCAGUUCAAGGAGCGCGCCUGCGGCUGUGGAGGGCGCCACAUUGCAGCGAAUUUUAAGAAAUAUUUGCUCAUUUCGCUUCAUUAGUGUUAGCGAGCAUGUUUAAGGCCAAAUAGGGCUGCUGCAGUUGCAGCCAGGGCCCGGCCAAAUACUGAGCCCAAGCCACGCGCUCCCCCUCAAGCGCAACUUUUGUUCUCACGCGCGCUCGUUAGUGUUGCGGUGUGUGUGUUAAAAUUAAAAAAAUACUAAUAAAAAAAAAAAAAAAAAGGAACAACGUGUAACGAAUCGCAAAAAAGAUAUACACGACAAGUGCGUAUUCGCAUAAAUUGUAUUAUUCAGGAGAAAUGCAUUAGCUGCGUUCCAAGGCAACGUCUAGAACUAGAACAAAUUCGCGCUUCCGCACAACCGAUACGGCAACUACUUCCUUGACAAUGCACAUAACAACUUCCUACGGCAACGUCUGGCAACGCCAAUAUUUGGCGCUAUUCACAUUGCUGCUGCUGCUCUUGGCAGCACACAUCAAUAUUGCUUCCGGUCAAAUCGAUUGGGACGACGACGACGAUCCAGUUAGCACUGUGGCUGUGGAGGCCGUGCUGGGACGCACCGCAUCCUUGCCGUGUGACAUUGAGCCGGAGGCAAAGGACGACCGUGUCUAUAUGGUACUCUGGUUCCGUGAGACCGCUGGCAAACCACUUUACAGCUUUGAUGUGCGCGGGCGGCCCUUUGAGAAGGCACUCUACUGGUCAGAUACCAAUUCAUUUGGGCCACGUGCGUAUUUUGUUACCGGACAGCAGCCAGCGAAAUUAUCUGUGGAAAAUAUACAGCUGGAUGAUGAGGGCGUUUAUCGCUGUCGCGUGGACUUUCAGAACUCGCCAACGCGCAAUCAUAGAAUUAAUUUAACGGUCAUUGUUCCUCCGCAUCAGAUACUCGUGUAUGAUGCCUCAGGCCGAGAUGUGGCUGGCGCUGUGGGUCCAUUGCUCGAGGGCGAUAAUAUUGUGUUGACAUGUGAAGUGCGUGGCGGUCGACCUGAGCCCACUGUCACAUGGCUGAACGGCUCCAGGACUCUGGAGGCUGGCAGCGGCAUAUCGAUGGGCCGUCAUGUAACUGUAAAUCGACUGGAGGUGCCACAAAUAACGCGUGCGGCACUCAACAACACCUAUCGCUGUCAGGCGUCCAACACCAAGCUUGUGGCGCCCGUCGAGCGCAGCAUACGCAUUGAAAUGUUACUGAAGCCGACAUCGGUCAAUUUGACCAACAAGUUGAAGGUAUUCUCAUCGAGCACACAAUAUAAUCUUACGUGCAUUGUGGCCGGUUCGGUGCCGGAUACGGAAAUCAGAUGGACACAGAAUAAUCGACCCUUCAAACGUGGCACGCUGUCAACGAGCCAGGGCAAUGGACGCGUGCUAUCCACUUUGUCAUUUUAUCCACAGCCUGAAGACGAUGGCACCAUGCUCAAAUGUGAGGGUUCAAAUCCCCGAUUACAAAACUCUGCCAUCGAGGAUUCGCUCAUGCUGAAUGUCAUGUAUCCGCCACAGGUCAGCUUGUCCCUGGGCUCCACCCUGCGGCCUGAUGAUAUUAAGGAAGGCGAUGAUGUUUACUUCGAGUGCCACAUCAAGGCGAAUCCCAAGGAGCAUCGCAUAACCUGGUCGCACGAUGGCCUGCCCGUUACACAGAACGUCUCCUGGGGCAUCAUCAUAUCCACACGCAGCCUGGUCCUGCAGCGCGUGGGUCGCGUACAUUCCGGCUACUAUGCCUGCUCGGCGGCCAAUGAUCGCGGCGAGACGCAGAGUGCGCUGGUCAAUCUUCGAAUACGCUAUGCGCCCGUUUGCAGCAGCAGUGUGAUUGGGGUUAUUGGCGCCUCCUUGGAGGAGGCGGUGCCCAUACCAUGUCGGGUCAACUCCGAUCCACCGGAAAUCGAUUUCGAGUGGACAUUCUCAAGCAGCGGCGAGCAUUUCGAGGUGCCAUCGGGACACUAUGCGACCAUACAGGAUCCAACCAUGAGCACCAGCAGCGAUGUGCGACGCACCGUUGUCGAGUCCAAUGAUACCCACUUUGAGAGCUACGUGGAAACUGUUAGUGAGCUGAUCUAUACGCCGAAGGGCGAACGGGACUAUGGCACGCUGGCGUGUUGGGGCCGGAAUGCGAUUGGCAAACAGUCGGAGCCGUGUCUAUUUCAGGUGGUGCCAGCGGCCAAGCCGGGCGCUCUGCGCAAUUGUACGCUGCGUCCGUAUGUGGUGACCUCCGCGUCGUUGAAUUCAUCGAAUCAGACGACAAUGCAUGGCAAUCAAAUGCUGCAAACACAAUACGGCAGACACGAUGCGAAUUAUCCGCACAUGGAAUACGUACGUGAGCGCAAUAAUGCCAGCAAUAAUGGACGGAACAAUGUGGCUGCAUCAGCUGCCAAUAAUAAAAAUAUGAAAGGCAAAGGCAAAAUAAAUGCUGGCCCAGUUAAAUCUAAUAAGCCGCAGCAGCAGCAGCAUCAGUCGGAGCAAAGAUAUCAUCUGAAUCAACAGCAAUUGCAGCGUCUAAAAAAGCGCACAUCAUUUACACCGUCGCAGACAUUGGCGGCCAUUGAGCGUGGCAAGAAGCAGCAGCAAUUGCUGCUGGCCAAGGCAGCUGCCACGCCCACAGUUGGCUUCAUCAAUAACAAAACUGAUGGAUUACUGGCCAAGCAGCCAAAGCAGUCGAACCAGCCACAGGACACCAAGCGGCGUCUGCGACGCGCUCAAAACUGCUCAAGACAGCCGCAACAACAACAACAACAACAACAACAACAACUACAACAACAGGAAGAGCAGCAGGAAAAAAUGCAACGUGCAACAAAAUCAAAUUUAUCAUUGUCACAUAUAAAACAGGCUGAAAUAGUUGCUGGCUCGAAUGUCAAAAGCAACAACGGCAAACUGCCAGCAAAGUAUUUUAAUAAGCGACAGAAAAACAUGCACAAACAGCAACAGCAGCAGCAACAACAGCCGCAGCAGGGGCAACAACAAGGACUAAGCAGCGAGGUAAACGAGCACAACAUAAUCCAUCAUUUUGCAACAGCGAGACGAGGCAAGCGCCAAGCAGCAAAUGACAUUACAGCAGCAGCAGCAGCAGCAGCAGCAGCAGCUACGCCAGCAGCAGCAGCAACAGCAGCUGACACAACAGCAACAACCAAGUCAGACUCAGCAGUUGCUGAUGUCGAGAACGAUGCCAGCAGCAGCAGCAGCAGCAGCAUCGGCGACAUUGACACAAUGCUGGCAACAAUGCGGGCACGCAAAUCUUUGGAGGUGAUUGGCAAUGAGAAAGUCAAGAACAGACUGUUGCCACCGAAUGCGCCACAAAUUAGCAACAAGCCGGCGGCAGCAGCGCAACAAAUGGCAGCAGCAAUUAGCAGCAACAAUAAGCAAGCAACAGCAGCAGCAGCAGCAGUUGCAGUUGAAGUCAAGACAAACCUGGGCAAAGAUAGCGCGCCUUUGUCCACAGAUCCGGCAAGAGCUGAGCAGGCGGAUAACAACGACAAUGCAGACAAUGAUGAGGACAAUGAUGAAGCUGAUGCUGAUGAGGAUGACGUUGCGAUUGCUGACGAAGAUGCUGAGGAGCUGCAAGCAGACGACGACGACAACUACGUGGCAGAUGAGCCCGCCGACUUGGCGGACUAUGAAACAGGCGAACAACAACAACAACAACAACAACAACAAGAACAACGACAGCGACAGCAUGUUGAUAUUUCUAGCCUGGAGCAGCAGCUGGACCUGGAAUCAUUAGAGGAUGAUGAUGCGGAUGCCGAUGCCGAUGUUGAUGUCGAUGAUGAUAUCUACAAUGUUAGCGACGAUGAUUUUGUGGCCAGCGUGGCGCUGUCUACCGCAGAAGCAACAACAACAGCAACAACAACAACAACUACAGUGAAGCCGCAACCAAAACAACAGCAACAUCUGCCCCCCACAUCUCCGCCAGCCGAGUGGCAGCAACCCCAUUUCGAUUACUCACGCAUGGAGUACAGCUUCAGCAAUGGCGUGGUCACUCAAAGUCUCAUUGGUGGCGGCGCCAAUGGCUACGAUGGCAAUGCGAUGGCUGGCGGGGGCGGGGGCGGGGGAACCAUCAAUUUUGACAACUAUGACAACAUAAUAUACUCGACCAUGGAGCUGGAGUGCAUGCCCGGCUAUGAUGGCGGUCUGCAACAACAGUUCUAUCUGGAGGCCUACGAUUCAAAGACCAAAAAGUUACGACUAAACAUGAGCAGCACCUAUAUGGAUGUGCCAGUUUUUCGCAUCGAUCUGUCUGAUCUCACUCCGAUGGACUACUAUCCGGACGCGCAUCCAGCGCUGCAUUUGGUCGUCUACAGCGUCAACCAGAAGGGACGCUCCGAGCCGAUUGUGCUGGAGAAUGUGCCCAUCAAUGAGGCGGACAAGCGUUCAGAUGGACGCAUGGGUCUAUCCAUAUUGCCGCUGGCCGCACUGCUCACCGGAACGCUCUUCACCGUGGGCAUCGCCGUGUUGUUUGUGGUUGUCAUUGCGGUGCGUCGACGCCGCUGCCAGGGCGCCCGGAAUUUGUGCGAUGACAAGGACAAGCACUUGGGCAUGGAUGUGACGGUGACAGCGCCCCUGGAAACGGGCGCCGGGCAUCAGCGACUGGUCGUCGCCUACACGCUCAAGCAGGGCAUUGAGAAGCAGCCGGACAUACUGAGUGCACAGAAAAGCGCAACUGGCAGCGACACAUCCUCACCGCUGGGAAAUCGACAGAGUGGUUCAUUUAUGGGCGGUAGCAAUGGGCCAGCGACUAGCGGUGCAUCGGCGAGUCAUAAAACAGCCGAUUAUGAGGUGAAUGCGCCGCACCUGAACAGCCCGCCGUCACAGUCGAGCACUCUGAAACUGGAAAGUGAGAAUGCGGCGAAAAGUUACCAGACGCCAGCGGCGACAGCCUCGCUGCUGUACGAUGCCAUGCCCACGCUCAGUCGGUACGAGCAGCUGGGCUUGAACAUGGGCAGCUAUGCCGGCGGCGCCGGCGCCGGCGCCGGUGGUGGUGGUGGUGGUGGUGGUGGUGGUAUUGGCAGCAACAGUACGCUGAGCUCGGCCGGAAGCGUGGCGAACUCGACGAGCAAUGCGCUUGGCAAUGGCGGGCACUAUGCACAGCAUAUGCAUCAUACGCUGCCCCAUGGUCUGGCCUCGGGCAGCCUGCCACGCGGACGUGAUCCGCUAACUUUGGCCGAUUAUCUGACCACCAGCAGCCUGAUUGACUAUAAUCUGAGCAAGUCGGCGGCGGCCACAGCAGCACCGCUGCCCACGCACAUGACGCUGCCGAAGGGCCUGGGCCAUGUCGGCGGCAUGGCCGGCACAAGUCUGUCGCCCUCGCAGCUGACAACCAUUACACAGAAAUCGAAUGCCGGACGCAAUCACAUCAUCACGGACACGCUGCCCGGCCCGGAGAGCUGCGUCUAAAGCUUGCGUGCGGACGAGCUAUCAAAUUCCUGGCAACAAACAAAAGACUGGCGCACAUCAGAAGCAGAUUAAAAAAAAAAACGGAAACAGAAAUCGAAUACAGAGGCAGCAGCAAAUGCAGUAGUUGAAAGUGAAAUACGUAUAGUAUAUAUAUAGAGCAUAUAGAACUAGGUCUAAACUUACCAAAAAACCAAAAAAAAAAAAAAAGGGAAAAAAACUAACUAUUCGUAACUAGCAGAGUUCGACGACGAAAUGUCUCUAAGCAUUAAAUUCUAAUUGUUAGACUUAAAAAGUAGCUUUUAAAUUUAGUCAAUGUAUGUGUUCGUGUGCAUGUGUGUCUCUGGUUGUUUGUACAUGUUAGUGUAAAUGUAUUUCUAGCCGUAAGCAUACAUAACACUCUAAUAUAUAACUAUAUAUAUUCAUAUAUAGUGUGCUAUAUAGUGCUUGGCCUUCAGCAUCAAGUUUGCCCAUUUGCGACUUCAUUCACAGACUUCCCUUAAUAUCUGUCAUUGAAAAGCUAUCAAGCAUAUCAAACACUGUAAUAUCUAUGCAUAUCUUUUGUAACACAUUAAUCAGAUAUUAGCUUAUACUCAUUUUUUCAUACCUGGAAACAUUUAUGUACAAAUUCUAAAAGAUCACAAGAAUGGAAUCUGUGCACAUUUUAUGAUACACAUCUUUUGAGAGAUCAUCUGUGUACAUCUUCUUAAAAGUUAUCAGGCUCGUUGACAAAUCCUAAAAAGUAUUACCCCGAAUACAACAUCAUAAAAGAUCUUAGCGUAUUGGCUUGCGAUUCCUAAAAUCAAAGAUAUAUUUGUGUGCUGAUAUUCCAGGAUUAUCAUCUAUUAAAAACUUCUAUAACCGAAAGAAGUUGUCGUCACGGCGAGUUCCUAUUAAUUCGAGUAACCCAAACUAUAUACAAAUACGCAUGCUUGAUGCUGAAAGCGAGGCCAGAACUAUAAAAAAAAACCGUCUUGUUAAAUUGCUGUGUACUUCCAAGCAAAACCCAAAGUGUUGUUAAAACUGUUUUUAUUUUUAUUGUUGUUCAUUUUUUUUUUCUUUACACUAUAUGAGAACAUAUCCCGAUAAAAAAAAAGCACAUAUCCUUUGCUGUCUAACCGAGCCUAUACCGCAACUAUUUGAACUGCUGCCCAAGAUCAAAGCCUAAAGCAAGCGAUUCGCAUUCGGGAGCAGUCCAUGGGGAAAAAGUUAUAUUGGACACGUCUUGCGCCAUUGCCUGCCCAGAGAGAGAGUGUGUGUGAGGAGGUGGAGGAGGAGGAGGAGGGAGCCAUUGUGGCCAUUAUUUAACUUUUAAACACGCGCCAGAAACAGCAGCCCGGCAGAUUUGAAUUUAAUGGGCAUUGGCCAGGGCCAUGAGCCGGUCGGCCAGCCAACAAGUGAGCAAUAAAGAAAAGUUUAGAAAAAUAUGCGAUAACCGCCCUGUGGAUAACCAUAAUAAGCUCACGAACGAUUGAAUGGCUAUGGAGCACAAUAAAAACUGGCCAACAACUCGAACUGGGCACGGAUUUGUGCGCACGAUAGCGCAAAAUGAUGACAAUAAAUGGAAAAGUUUUUAAUAAGCCAAUAAAAUGAUUUAUGUAGCUAACAUUGAGCCAAACUCAGCAGAUUUAUAAACUCAUAGGACUAAAAUGUUGUCCACAUGUUGAUUUGCCAACUGGUUCUCCACAAUUUGAUAAGCACGACUUUCAAUUCGAAAUAUUAUACAAACUCUGGCCUAUUUUUUAUCACAAGCUUAAACAUACAACGAAUUAUUUAGUCGAAAUUUAUUGGCUCUGGCAGUUUGGUGGUCGGGGGCAGCUCAAAAAAGUUACUGGAAAAUUGCAUUUUAAAUAAAUAAACAAACAAAAAAAAAUGGAACGAAAAACAAAUGAAACUUUCGAUAACAUAUUUAAUAAAUUUUGAUGCCUUUCGAAAAGGCAUGGCAAUUGUUAUCAAGGCAUAUAUUCGCAUAUCAGAAAUGCAUCUAAUACGUUUAAACUAUUAAGCAUGUUCUUAAAUGAAUAAGUGUUCAAAAGUUGAUCAUAUCAUUUCGUUUUCUAGGAUCUACAAUUUGCAUUUCGUACGAAAAACCCAAAAGAAAAAAAAAACAAAAAACAAUAUCGAUUGAUUACUUAAGUAUCUUAAGAAUAGCGAAAUCAUAAAUAUAUAUAUAGUGUGUGUAAAAACAAAACAAAACAAAGUUGUAAAACCCGGAAAAAUGUCAUAGAUCAUAUGGAAUGCUAUAGGUAAAAAAUAAAUAUAUAACUGUCAAAAAAUCAGAAACUUCCUCCAACGUGUAUAAGCGAAUGUCCCCCGCUGUAGAUAUUCAAUACGAGUAGUUGAAACUUUCAGAAACGAAAUCAUGUAGUGCUACAUACAAUAUAACCAAAGAGAUAAAAAAAAAAGUGAAUAACGAAAAGGAAAAAUGUAUCAACUGGGCCUCAAAGAGGGCAAAGCAUUGUACAUAAAUACAUAAGGAAAACCAACGUAAGCACGACGAUUGUAACUAUCUAUGUAAAAAUGCUUAAAAUAUUUGUGAUAAAGUAAUAGUGUUAAUGAUAAGUAAUAAAACAUGACAUAUUAUGAAAAAUAAA